GUGUUGAAGUUCAUGUUACUCUCUGGGCCUUGGUGGAUGAGUGACCAAAUUGCACUGGCCAGUCCAUUCCCCCUCUAACCUAUGUUUAGUAUCAUUUUGUCCAUUAAUGAAUAUAAUGGGAUUUGGCUAUUCAUUUUCAGUCACAAUACAGUUUUGUUUCUUAGGAUAUAAUGGAGAUAACCUUUAAAGUGUUGAAGUUCAUGUUACUCUCUGGGCCUUGGUGGAUGAGUGACCAAAUUGCACUGGCCAGUCCAUUCCCCCUCUGUGAAUGGAACUUUCCACAAAGACCUGGUGAGAACACAACCAACCACAGGCUGCGAGUAAACUGCUCAGGACUGAGACUUGGGUCUGUGCCCUCUGGUCUGCCCUCUCAGAUGAAAGCCCUGGAUCUGAGUUAUAAUAACAUCACUGAAAUCAAGUGGUUUGACUUCACACACGACUUAUGUCGUGUCACCCAGCUCAUCCUUAGUCACAAUUCCCUUGGAAAGAUUGAUGGUGGGGCUUUGUCCAGCCUGCUUGGAUUGAAGGAGCUGAAUCUCAGUAGUAACACACUUGCUGUUGUGACUGAGGAGAUGUUUCAGGGGCUAAGGGACCUCAAAGUGCUUGAUUUGAGACAUAACCAGCUACACUGGAUCCAUAAAAUGGCAUUUAAUGACCUGGCAAACUUGAAGGUCUUAUGGCUUCAGAACAACAACCUUCGUACUGUUCCAGAUGCUGUUAACUUACUAUCUGGGUUAAACACGUUGUCACUGGGAACAAAUCAGCUUUCUCAGCUGCUGACUGGAGAUCUCAAUCGUUGCACAGACCUAAAGACACUGCAACUGGAGGACAAUGAGAUAUCCAUUUUGGCGGCUGGAACAUUUCAAAACCAUGAAAAUCUGAGGACUGUUGAUUUAAGUUCUAACCGUCUGGAGGAGCUCCAUGACACCAUGGUUACGUUUUUCUGGGAGCGGGGAGUCAACCUGCAUCUCCAUGGCAACCCUCUGAGGUGCGGCUGUGGAUCUGGGCAGGCGGGUGAGGGUCCUGCAUGGCUGACUGACACCGUGCUGUGUCAGGGCAUCGGAACCCUGCGGAGGGAAAAAGCACCUCUGAGGGUCCAUAAAACGGUCACACUUACUGGGGCUCCAGGGCAAUCUCUGAUGAUUCCGUGCAGGGACAAGUAUCAUGGAGGAAUGAUUAAGUAUUGGAAGACUCCUGUUGGAUGGCUGACGAGCAGAAACUCCUGCCACAGCUACAGUGACAUGAAAUGCCACUGCAAUGGAAGUCUGACUAUAGCUCCGCGGAGCUUCCGUUCAAAGCGGGAGCAGCCAGAGGACAGCACACCCCCGAAGGGCUGUGACAACGUAGUUGACUCCAACAGUGCAAUUCCAGUUAGCGUAGACCAGGAAACUCCUGAGACUGAUCUCCAACAGGAACCUCCCGAGACUGAUCUCCAACAGGGGGACCCAGAGACUGGCUCCAACAGUGUAAUUCCAGCCAACGCAGACCAGGAACCUACAGAGACUGAUCUCCAACCAGAACCUCCAGAGACUGAUCUCCAACAGGAACCUCCCGAGACUGAUCUCCAACAGGGGGACCCAGAGACUGGCUCCAACAGUGUAAUUCCAGCCAACGCAGACCAGGAACCUACAGAGACUGAUCUCCAGCCGAAGGCCCCAGUGGCACCAAGGCCGACAGCGAGACGGAGCAGAGUGAUCAAGCUCUACAACUAUAACGAAGAUGGCGAACAUUACAGUCACAUCAGAGACCCAGAGGGGGAGGACAUUGACAGAGUGCCCCAGCCAAAGCAAAGGACAAGGUCCCUGAUCCGCCUAAACGCCAUCAUGAGCUCUGUGGAGACACCAGCCCUCAGCACAAACACAGGCCCACAGGUGCAGUCAGACCAGGAGUCCGAACUUGCCCACUCAAGUGAGGAGGAGGGAUCCAUUAGUGACAGGCAGCACAUUCAAUAG